AUGCCUCUCGAGAAGCGCAACCAGUUCCUCGACGCCGAGGAGAGCGACGACGACGGCAGCCAGGGCUACGACUCCGAGGCCGAGGAGCUGAGGAAAGGCGGCGGCCGCACCGCCAAGCGCAGAAAAGUCGACGAUGCCAGCGACGACGAGGGCGCCCUGAGCGAUGCCAGCGACGACGAGGACGCCCUGAGCGAUGCCGGCUCCGGUAGCGACGAGGAAGACAGGGCAAGCGAUCAAGAUGAAGAAGACCACGACGACGCCGCAGCCGCCCAGCUCCGCCAAGAGUCUCUCGACAUCAGCACCAGCCAACCGCACGAAUCAGAGGACGGCGAAGAACCCUUCGCGGCAGAGGAGGAGGAGGAAGAAGAAGAAGAACAAGACACAAAACAAAAGACCAAGCCCCAGUCCCAACACGAGCUCCCAGGCCUCUCCAAGCCCCUCUCCAAAAAGAACCUCGUGGCCAGCGAGGCCGCCGUCCGCAAGUCGGGCGUGGUCUACAUCUCCCGCCUGCCGCCCUUCAUGAAGCCCCAGAAGCUACGCUCCCUGCUCGAGGCCCACGGCGCCAUCAACCGCAUCUUCUGCUCGCCCGAGGACCCGGCGGCCCACGCCCGGCGCGUGCGCGCGGGGGGCAACAAGAAGAAGUCAUACACGGAGGGCUGGGUCGAGUUCGUGCGCAAGAAGGACGCCAAGCGCGCCUGCGAGCUGCUCAACGCGCAGACCAUCGGCGGCAAGAAGGGCAGCUACUACCGCGACGACAUCUGGACGCUGCGCUACCUCAAGGGCUUCAAGUGGCACCACCUGACGGAGCAGAUCUCGGCCGAGAACGCCGAGCGCACGAGCCGCAUGCGCGCCGAGAUCGCAAAGACGACGCGCGAGAACAAGGAGUUUGUGCGCAACGUCGAGCAGGCCAAAGUGCUCGACGGCAUGCGCGCCAAGCGCGAGGCGAAGCGCAAGGCCGCGGACCGCGACGAGGACGACGCCGCGGCUGCUGGGAAGAGGAGCAAGAAGAGUAAGAAGAGCGAGAAGGACGGCGGCGCCGCGGAGGAGCGCACGACGACGUUUAAGCAGAUACCCCUGGUCGACAAGAAGAAGAAGGAGAGGAUAGAGCAGCCCGAGCAGGUGCAGAGGGUGUUGAGUAAGAUUUUCUAA